AUGAAGUUAGGAUUUUCUAAGUGGUACGGAACGUGUCCUCCAAUAGAGGACAAACCGAACUGGUUUGCAUUAUUAAGCCGUCCACAGGAGCCCGGUCCAGCGUUCAUCUUGAAUGAAUACAGACAAGCGUAUUGUCUAAAUUCCCCAUUGUUAUGGGAUAAAUCUUCAGAGACGUCCUUUGCACAUGUAGUGCCUGAAUGCCUCUUGACGCCGACGUUCCUUUCAUUCAUGGCGCGAUUGGAAGACGGCCCAAAACAACGUUUGAACGCCAUCCUCCUGGCCAUUUUGCAAGCAGGCAUUGACGCCAAGAUCGAAAGUAUAGUGUGGUGGAAGUGGAGGUUUUGGGGGAGGGUUCAUCGGGGACCAGCACUAUCUAAGGCAUUUCCCACUGUGCUUCCCGCCCCCCUCUCCGCGCCAAGUCCCCUGACACUCUCUGCGCUGGUGGAACCCGCCGUCGUCCUGGGCGUGGGGACGCUGGCUGCGGCCGUGGCCUUCCUCGUGGAGGUGGCGCUGCGCAUGCGAGCCAACGGUCUGCUUCAAGCCUUUUUAGCAAUUGAGCGCAUUUUCUUUCCUGCCCUGUUGCCAUCCUCUGGCUCAAGACCCUCUGGGCAGCCCAUCUGGGGCAGACCCUUCUGGGCAGACCCUUCUGGCGACACCCUCUGGGCACGACCCAAUCUGGGCAGACGCUCUUGGGCAGACGCCUAUCUGGGCAGGACCCUGCUGGGCAGCGACCGCUCUGGGCAGACCCUACUGGCAGACCCUCUGGGCAGACGCCGUGCUGGGCAGACAGCUCUGGGCAGACGCUCUGGGCAGACGCUCUGGGAAGACGCUCUGGGCAGACGCUCUGGGCAGACGCUCUGGGCAGACGCUCUGGGUCUCUUCUCGCUGGUGGAGCCCGCCGUCGUCCUCGGCGUGGGACGCUGGAUGCGGUCGUGGCCUUCCUCGUGGAGGUGGCGCUGCGCAUGCGAGCGAACGGCUGCUUCGAGCUGA